GUCGUAGUCCUCGGGAACAACAUACAUGGCCGAGUUGUUAAAUAUGUGAAGCAAAUUGCUUGUUUUUGGGCGUUUUUAAGCACUUUAGCUUUAACUUAGGAUAGAUUUUGUAUACGAACCCACCUCAAUCCCCCACCAUGUCCAACGACCCAGCCACCUUUGUGGCUGGUGUCCCCGUGAAGAUUAGUGAGAGAUUCCGACCACCCAGACGGGUGACUAUACCACCAUCCUGUCAGCACCAAAUUAGCCCUGACCUUCUUACUCAAGAGUAUGACUUUGCAGUAGAGAGAAGAGUUCUAACUUGGCUGCAAGAAAGAAAAGCAUGGAAGGAAAAAAAAGAAAAUGAACACAAAGAAAGAAUAGCUGAAUAUGACAGGAAAAAGGCAGAGAAAAAGGCCAAGGAAGAGGAAGAAAGGUUAAAAAAGGAGGUAGAAGAGGAGGGGGAAGAGAGAGAAAAGAAAAUUAAAGAGGAGGAAAAGAGAAGAGGAGAGGCAAAAAUAGAGCUUGAAGGAGGAAGAAAAAAAGAGCAGCAGAAACCAGAGGAAGCAAAAGAUGAAGCAGAGGAUGACGAUGAAGAGAAAAUGGAAAGUCAAACAGCCGAGGCGGACAGUGACGACUCCAGCACAGCACGAACCGCGUCACAAGACAGUGAUGCUACAAUACCACAACAACACUCAGGCACUAAAGAGUCUGUAAAUUUCUCCUCGAACCUUUCUUCUGAGAAUACUUUUACCAGCAGCAGCACUGUGCAUGCCUUGAACUCUGCAUACAAAACUGACACUGGAUCACCCUAUGACUGGAUGCUGAAGCCAACUCUUAUUUCCUCAAAGAAGAACAAUCUGAAAUCUCCCUUAAAGACUCCAGCUAAUAUAAAUUUUGCAGAUUUUGAGGGUGAAGGUAAUGAUCCCUUUGACAGUGCUGCAUUAAAAUCUAUAAAUGAUAUGGAAGAAUUGGCUAAGGUUCUUGAUUCCUCAAAUUUAGGGCAACAAUCAGUUGAAGAAAAUAAUACUCUUAAGCAUAGAUCUUCUGAAGAGGAGGGAACAUGUGCCAGUUCUUUCUCAAGUGAUGGAGUACCAUACAACACUUAUGGACGGUAUUCAUAUUAUAUGCAACAACAACAGCUACAGCCACAGCAGCAGCAGCUUCAGCAACAACAGCAGCAACAGAACCUAUCCCAAACUAGACAGAAUUUUGGUCAGUAUGCCAGCCAUAUGGGUAAGAGCACACAAGUAACUUCUGCACCAUCUACUGUGCCAUCUUACUCUAGCAGUUCACAAUAUAGUGCAAACCCUAACAGAGCCUUCCAAAGCAGCUAUUAUCCUCAACAGUGGAACAAUAGCUUCAACGUAAGUAGUCCCAGUAAGGCUGCACAUUAUGUGCCUUAUGAGUACUGUCUCCAGGCUGGUAAUGUACCAAGUGGUCCCACUAAUACGACACAAGGAGUAAUGAGUCCUAGUAGUAAUUCUGGAACCACAGCUAGUAUUCCUAUUUCUACUAAUAGUAGCUUUUCGACAAUGCCCUCAGAAAGAGGGACAACUCCAAGCAAAAGACCAGAUCUCGAAGACUUUUACUCGCGAUAUUAUUCACAGAAUAAGUCCAUAGUUCAACAGAGUCAGCAUUCUGGUGCUCAGUCAGGAGAAUCGACACCAAGUCACAGCAGUAGUUCAGGUGCUGCUGGAUCAACAAGUGGGUCUUUACGAUCAAGUCGGAGUGUCCCCGACCUGACUGCAGCUGAAGAUUCCGAAGUAACCAGAUACAGCAGUAGGACACAGUCAUUUAAUGAUGGCAAAGUGUUUGCUCACACUCCCCCACCUAGACCUUCUAGUGCUGGACUGACUGGCUUAGAGGACUGGAAGCCAUUGCCAGACUUAUCAGAACCUCUGGAAACAUUAUUCAACCAGCAGCUGUACCAUACUGGACCAACACAGGCCCCUCCUGUGCCCCUCCCUCACACACCAAUCAAGUCACGCCUUCCAGAUCCAUUUGCAGAGCUGACAACCGAUGCUCAAGUGUUGGUACAGAGCAUGGCUGAGAUGGGAUUUCCUCGACCCAGAGUGGCUAGAGCAGUGCAGAAACUGGGUACUGAUCAUAAGAAACUUAUUGAGGUUCUUCUAGUUCUACAAUCUCUUCAAGAGAAUGGUGAAGAUGGAUACAAAGCAGAGCGUGCGUUUUACCAUUAUUUAGGGGAUGUCCAGAAGACACGCGAUCACCUUGCUGCUGCUAAGCAGCUCUUGGACCUUGGGUUUGAAGAAGAGAGAAUUGUGGAUGCCCUUCUGAAACACGACAAUGACCGAGACAAAGCCUUAGAAGAACUCAUAGCUUAGGAGUUGGUUGGCAUCAUCCUGCAUUACCAGGAUGUGGUGAGAAAGAGGAGCAAUAUUUUAAUAUCGUAUUGUAACUGCAUAUGUCUUGGACUCCAAAUGUAUUUCAUAAAAUUUAAUACCAUGUUAGUAGGGAUGAGGUGUUUUAUUUUUUACAAGAUUAUAAUUUUUAGACAAAGAAUUCAGCUCUUGUGAUUCUUGUGCUUUUAUAAAGAAGCAGUUAUAAAAUGUAGAGACCUUUUACUGUUUAUUUAGAAUACCAUUAAGUAUCUGAUCUUCUAGACUUGCAUUCACAUAACUUGUGUCUGAAUUGUGGACACAAAAAUGCGACUUCUAAAGAAUAACAUUAAUACAGUACUGUAUAUAAGGUUAAAGACUUUUCUACAUAUGCCUGUAAAUUUAAGAAAUACUCUUGGCACCAUAGGCAGUAAUUUGUAGACAGAAAUUUUUGACUCAUUGUUUGAGAUGUCCAAUGGCUAUGUUGGCUUGUAGGUUGCAAAAAUCAACAGCUUGGCUGACCAAUUAGUUUUUAGAGAAUCUUGGCCUCGAAGAGAGCCAUGAGAGUGGAAUAAUACUCAAAAAUCAUCUAUAGAUGAUCCCCAGGUAGAGUCAUGGACAAAGAUCCUCUUAAAACACUGAAUUGCUGGGACAGUUUAGGGCUCACUACAGCUUCAAAUAAACUCAUAUCAGGAGUUUUGAUCUAGACUGAGCACUGUAAAUGAUGUAUACAGUAGGAUAACAAAUUUUCUGCCAUAUCUUCUCCACUUAUUGUGUGGCUGUUUUUCCUUGAGUAAUAUAAAUUUAUUGCAGAACAUAUCAGAACUUAUGUGGGCAUUUUAGUAUGUUUUCAACAAGAGAAGUGUGCUUAAAAAAAAGUGUACUACUAUACAUAACUUUUCUUAUUUCAGAAUACUCUGAGGCAGUUUUAAAGUUUAUAUUUGAUAUGAUUGAUUAUAGCCUUUAUAAUUUAUAAGAAUUUCACAUUUAUCGUUGUGUUUGUUUCUACAGUUGGCUUAACUAAGGAGGAAAAGGAAACUAGCUGCCAGCAUAAUAGAAAGGACAACAGUGACACUCAUCUUUUGACCAAUGUCAAUACAGGUGAUAAUUGUAUGUGCUCGCUCUUCAUUUGAGAAAGAGAUGACUGUAGAGAACUGCACAUUCAGUCCUAGUCUCCUGAGUACUUGUGAGUUUUGACACAGUUUAAUAUAAAGUACAGUGGAACCCUAACUUAUGAGUUUAAUCCGUUCCAGGAGCUAGCUCAUAACUCAGUUUACUUGUAUAUCAAAUUAAUUUUCCUCAUUUAAAUUAACUGAAAAGCCAUUAAUUCGUUCCUGCACUCUGGAGAGACGAGAUAAAUUACUGUAUGGCUUAUUUAUCAAUCACAUUUCAUCUAAUAUGACAUAAUAAACAAUGUAAUUAACACGGAAACAUGAUAUAUACUCUAGAAUGAAUAAAAUAGGCAGCAGCGGAAGCGUCCGCCAUUUCCUGUCCAAUUUGACUGUAUAGUAUCUUCCCAUGCUGUUAUUGUAAGAGAAAACGGAGUAUUUUUGAGGGUAACUGCAGUAGAUCACUAGUUUUCUGAGGAAAACACUGAAUUUUUUUUUUUUUUCAACAAGUCGGCCAUCUCCCACCGAGGCAGGGUGAAAAUAUCGUAUAUAAAUAAUUAAUAAAUCAUAAUACACUUAUUACAACCCAGGAAUCCAAAUGGCCUGUUAUCCCGGGUGUAAUGGGAGCAAAAUAAACACAGCAGAAAAAGUUUAGACUUAUAUUAUCCUUCACCAAUUUAGAACAGCAAUAUGUACACUAUGUACAGUGAUAAGUAUAGUGCACUCCACGGUAAGCAAGGCAGAAAUAGAAGCCACAAGAUAGCAGACCGUGCUUCAACCAGCUCUAGAAUGGGAAUGACAAGGGCAGACAGGAGAGCGGUACCCACAUAUCCUCUGCGAUUGCCAAAACCAUCUUCUUAUUGGCUAGAACCUGGUCACUAGUUGAACGACGGGGCCCCAUCAUCAACUCUUAGCAACCUGGUUCGCUGGUUGGGGGAGAUAGCCUGUAAAUGAGGGUGUGUACAUGCGCCGAAUAAAGGUUACGUACUCUUUGCAUGCCACAACACUACAGAAUGUAAAGAAAUGAUAAACUGUUUAUAUAAAGUGUAUGUGUACUUACACACUGAACAUAACUGAUACAAUUUGUUUGUUUAAUCACUGAACAUAACUGAUAUUUUAUCUCCUGCAAGCUGCUUCUCUCUCAACCACGUCAGCAGCAGCUUCUCCAUCUUUUCAUGGAGAGAGGUCCGCAGCUUAGACGUUAUUGUAAAACCCUUGCGUGGCGCUAUAGCGUUUAUCGACUCCUGCUCCUUUAGCACCGUACAUAUAGUAGAUUAAUAAGUUGAGGAAGCCUAGGGAACAAAUGGAUUUGACAGUUAAAAAUAGGAGAGGAGAGUUAUUAAGUAGAGAGUUAGAGGUAUCGGGAAGAUGCAGGGAUUAUUUUGAGGAAUUGUUAAAUGUUGAUGAAGAUAGGGAAGCUGUGAUUUCAUGUAUAGGGCAAGGAGGAAUAACAUCUUGUAGGAGUGAGGGAGAGCCAGAUGUGAGUGUGGGGGAAGUUCAUGAAACAGUGGGUAGAAUGAAAGAGGGUAAGGCAGCUGGGAUUGAUGGGAUUAAGAUAGAAAUGUUAAAAGCAGGUGGGCAUAUAGUUUUGGAGUGGUUGGUGCUAUUAUUUAAUAAGUGUAUGGAAGAGGGUAAGGUAACUAGGGAUUGGCAGAGAGCAUGCAUAGUUCCUUUGUAUAAAGGCAAAGGGGAUAAAAGAGAGCGGUAUUUAUGGAUUUGGAAAAGGCAUAUGACAGGGUGGAUAGAGGGGCAAUGUGGCAGAUGUUGCAGGUGUAUGGUAUAGGAGGUAGGUUACUGAAAGCAGUGAAGAGUUUUUAUGAGGAUAGUGAGGCUCAGGUGAGAGUAUGUAGGAGAGAGGGAGAUUAUUUCCCAGUAAAAGUAGGCCUUAAACAAGAAUGCGUGAUGUCACCGUGGUUGUUCAAUAUAUUUAUAUAUGGGGUUGUAAGAAGUGACUGUGAGGGUCUUGGCAAGAGGUGUGGAGUUAAAAGAUAAAGAAUCAAACACAAAGUGGGAGUUGUCACAGUUGCUCUUUGCUGAUGACACUGUGCUUUUGGGGGAUUCUGAAGAGAAGUUACAGAGGUUGGUGGAUGAAUUUGGUAAGGUAUGUAAGAGAAGAAAAUUAAAAGUGAAUAUAGGAAAGAGUAAGGUGAUGAGGAUAACAAAAAGAUUAGGUGAUGAAAGUUUGGAUAUCAGAUUGGAGGGAGAGAGUAUGGAGGAGGUGAAUGUAUUCAGAUAUUUAGGAGUGGAUGUGUCAGCAGAUGGGUCUAUGAAGGAUGAGGUGAAUCAUGGAAUUGAUGAGGGGAAAAGGGUGAGUGGUGCACCUAGGAGUCUGUGGAGACAAAGAGGGAAAUGUAUGAGAGUAUAGUUGUACUCACACUCUUGUAUGGAUGUAAAGCAUGGGUGAUGAAUGUUGCAAUGAAGAGAAGGCUAGAGGCAGUGGAGAUGUCAUGUCUGAGGGCAGUGUGUGGCAUGAAUAUAAUGCAGAAAAUUUGUAGUUUGGAAAUUAGGAGAAGGUGUGGGAUUACCAAAACUAUUAUCCAGAGGGCUGAGGAGGAGUUGUUGAGGGUUCAGACAUGUAGAGAGAAUGGAACAAAACAGAAUGACUUCGAGAGUGUAUAAGUCUGUAGUGGAGGGAAGGUGGGGUAGGGGUCGGCCUAGAAAGGGGUGGAGGGAGGGGGUAAAGGAGGUUUUGUGUGUAAGCGGCUUGGACUUCCAGCAAGCGUGCAUGAGCGUAGUUGAUAGAAGUGAAUGGAGACAAAUGGUGUUUAAUACUUGACGUGCUGUUGGAGUGUGAGCAAAGUAACAUUUAUGAAGGGUUUCAGGGAAACCGGCAGGCCGGACUUGAGUCCUGGAGAUGGGAAGUAUAGUGUCUGCACCCUGAAGGAGGGGUGUUAAUGUUGCAGUUUUAUAACUGUAGUGUAAAGCACCCCUCUGGCAAGACAGUGAUGGAGUGAAUGAUGAUGAAAGUUAUUCUUUUUCGGGCCACCCUGCCUUGGUGGGAAUCAGCUGAUGUGUUAAUAAAAAUAAUAAUAUGGUAGAUGUACUGCGCUGGUAUUGUCUGGCUAAAUCCACAACUCGUGCACCUUGCAUAUGUUUAUCUAUGAUUUCCUGAGUUAAUUCCAUGGAAAUCAUUGUCUUUUUCUUCUCAGCACUGUCCUUUGCACUUACUUUCUUAGGACCCAUGGUUAGAAAAGUGAAAUUUGGCCAAAUGACUAUCAAAAUUGUAAGCAAAGCAUAGAGAACUGCUUUGACAGUGAUGUAAACAUGUGUACUGCCAACUAGUGGCAGCAUUCUGAAUUAUUAUUAUGUACGUAUUAUGUACAUUAUUUUUUUUUUUCCAACAAACCGGCAGUAUCCCACCAAGGCAGGGUGGCCCAAAAAGAAAAACGAAAGUUUCUCUUUUUAAAUUUAGUAAUUUAUAUGGGAGAAGGGGUUACUAGCCCCUUGCUCCCGGCAUUUUAGUCGCCUCUUACAACACGCAUGGCUUACGGAGGAAGAAUUCUGUUCCACUUCCCCAUGGAGAUAAGAGGAAAUAAACAACAACAAGAACUAGAAAGAAAAUAGAAGAAAACCCAGAGGGAUGUGUAUACAUACAUAUAUAUGCUUGUACAUGCAUGUGUAGUGUGACCUAAGUGUAAGUAGAAGUAGCAAGACGUACCUGAAAUCUUGCAUGUUUAUGAGAAGACAGAAAAAAGGACACCAGCAAUCCUACCAUCAUGUAAAACAAUUGCAGGCUUUCGUUUUACACUCACUUGGCAGGACGGUAGUACCUCCCUGGGCGGUUGCUGUCUACCAACCUACUACCUAGAAUGUACAUUAUUAUUAUUAUUAAUUUAGGGAACUGAAGCUCUAUUGUUAUUAUAAUUAUUAUUAUUAUUAUUAACUUAGGGAACUAGAGCACAUAUCCAAUUCUCUAGAUCAAGAUACCUUCACCAGCAUGUUAUAAUAAUACAUUAUUAUAACGAGAGCUUCAGAACGAAGUCAAUUCAGUGCACUGUUUACCUAGCUGUGGGAGCAGUUCUCUCCUGCUUUUCUUACAUUUUUGACAGUCAUUUGGCCAAAUUUUGCUUUUCCAACCAUGAGUCCUAAGAAAGUAAGUAUAAAUGACAGUGCUGAUAAGAAAAAAAGGAUGAUUUCCAUGGAAUUAAAACAUGAAAUCGUAGAUAAGCAAGAGAGGUGUCCAGGUUUUGGGUUAAGGGGGAAGUGGGGGGGAGCUAGCUCGUAAUUCAAAUGUUGACUCGUAACUCAGAGCAAAAAAUCGACCCAGGGACGGCUCAUAUCUCAAAAAACUCAUACGUUGGGACACUCGUAAGUCAGGGUUCCACUGUAUUCAGAAUCAUUAAAAAAUUAUUAUACAGAUUGUUAGGUACGCUAUUUUCUAUUACCUCUUUUCAUUUGUUUUCCAAUACUUCAAUACUGCAGAAAAUAGUAAAUAUGCAUUUUUUUUUUUUAACAUGCUGGCUGUCUCCCACCAAGGCAGGGUGACCUGAAAAAGAAACACUUUCACCAUUAUUCACACUAUCACUGUCUUGCCAGAGGUACAAUAGUUUAGAUGUCACUCUAAACAGCAUAUAUAACCAAACCCCUCCUUUAGAGUGCAGGAACAGUACUUCCCAUCUCCAGAACUCAAGUCCAGCAAACUGUUUUUCCUGAAUCUCUUCACAAAAUAUUACCCUGCUCACAUAUAAACCAAAUACAUGUAUAUACACAUCAUGCAGGGACAAAGGUAGAAAUUUACCAGAGGAAACUGAACCACUACCUUCAACAAGUGCCAGAGGAGCCUGGUUGUGAUGGUUAUGCAGGACUGUGGGCUGUUAGCAGCAACAGCCUUCUUGAUCAGGCAGUUAGGAGGUGCACCUAACCUCAGGUCAGACUGUGUGGAUACAGUCCUUGAGACAAGUAACUGGUAUGUCAGUGUUCACUAUUGCUUACAUAAUGCUACUGCUUGAAUAUGUGGUUCCAAUACAAACAUCUCACUUUGCCAUGAAACUAGUACUAGAUGAGACUGGUAUUAGAGCUGAGAAGCAAGACUAGUACUAAAGCUGAAAAGGAAAAGCCAUGAGGAAAGACUUGUGAACUUGACCUUGUGACCUGGAGGAAAGUACUGAUCAAGAAGACGUAUGAUAUAAAGUAAAAAUUAUUUUAUAGUUAUGGAUAGGUUGUUUGAUACAGGAAGAUCAUUCAUGGGAAGAAAAUGAAGUUGAACCUCAUGGGGAUCAAAGAGGUUAGGAGAGGAUACAUUUUGCAAGACAAGCUUUUAUUGGGACAAUGUUUGGUUCUUAAAAUCUUGAUAGAGCUUAACAAAUCCACAUAUUGUCAAAAUUAAAUCAUAUUCUGCAGUGUCUUUUCUUUAUUACUGCCAGCAGCAUGCCAUUUGCUUCAGUUAAAGAGGUGUUUAGAAAGUAUUUUUAUAUAUGUUAAGAACAGUAAAUAAAGGGAUAUGCA